CAUUGACUUGGAUUGAUUUGACUUGACGUGGCUUCAGGAACGCAGGCUGACCCCCCAAAGUUCCCAAUUGGCACUCAUCAGCUUGAAACCAAUUCUAAACAAACCACUCUCUUCCCAUCGUCCACUCCUCCUCGAGUUACGUUCGCUCCAUCAUCCCUCCAUCCAUCGACCUCAGAAUCGAUCGCCAUCAUGGACAAAUUCUCUGCCUUUGGCAAGAACAUCAGUUCGGCCUUCAACUCGACCGUCUCCCCCUUUGCUCAAAGAAGUUCUCAAUACAUCAAGGAGCAACUCGGUCAGGCAGAUGACAAGACCCAACUCCCGCCUGAAUACAUUGAGCUCGAAAAGAGAGUCGAUGCCUUGAAACUCGUCCAUCAAAAUCUUCUCAAUGUGACUAACCAAUACUCGAACGAAGCAUAUGACUACCCACCCAACAUCCGGGAAUCUUUUACGGAUCUAGGCAAAUCGAUCUCUGAGAAGGUUUCGCUACUUUCCCACGCCUCCAACACCGCCGAAGCCCAGGCUGCUUUCACUGCCCCUCCUUCCACCAAGCCUCAGCCCAAAACCUUUAACCACGCUAUUGCCCGCGCCUCUCUCACGAGCUCUCAACUGCUCGCGCAAAGCUCAGCAUCAGGCUCCACCAACACCAGCGAAGACCCUCUUGCGGCUGCACUUGAGCGGUACGCGCUUGCAGAGGAGAAAGUUGGAGAAGCCCGCCUCGCUCAGGACCAUGCCAUCCAGGCUCGUUUUCUCGCCGGCUGGUCCACAACCCUGAACACCAACAUCCAAUUUGCAACAAAAGCCCGUCGCGCCGUCGAAAAUAGUCGUUUGAUUCUGGACAGUACCAAGGCGGCUAAAAAGAGCCAGCUUCAUGGACGAGGCCAGAAUCCUGACGACGAGUCGGCCCUCAGUGAGGAAGCCCGCGCCGAGAUCGAGGCCAAGGAGGACGAUUUUGUCUCUCAAGUUGAGGAGGCGCAAGGCGUCAUGAAGAAUGUCCUCGAUACUCCUGAGCCACUUCGUAAUUUGGCAGAUCUCAUUGCUGCCCAACUCGAAUAUCAUAAAAGAGCCUAUGAAAUUCUCCAAGAACUGGCUCCUGAAAUCGACCAGCUCCAAGUCGAGCAGGAAAGCAACUACCGCAAAAGCCGAGAGGGUGCUUAGGGGCAGUCACCGGGGUUAUGGGACAACAUUGGUUAUCCGGGGCGGAAUGCAGCUGUAUGCCUCUGGAGCGAGUCAACUUUGACGACUUUUACAUGGUUUUAUCCCCCGACGGCGGAUUUGUGGAGGCUAUUAUCGUGUUGAGAUGAUGGUCCCUGUGUACUUCUGUGGAGAUCACCUCCAGUGUCUCGACUUCUCGUAAUGGGAGUUGAUUUUGAACAACACGCAAACUUACUCUCUGCGAGAGAGAGAGAGAGAGAGGCGAAGACCACAUAAGUUAUCUGGGUCUCAAUGAUUGCUGUUUUCUAUUUAGACAGUUCUGUUCAUAGCAGUGCAUGCUAUAUUUGCAAUUUUCAAGUCCGAGGCGCACUUUAUCGCAUCAAUCGCUGACCAGUGCAUGCGACCAGUGCAAGUUGGACGAGAAUGUUAUGAUAGGGAAUGGCACGUGAAUGGGCAUUAUUA